UUCUUAAAGUCAAGUCAGUACAAGUUCGCAUGAGGCCAAGUGCACAGCACAUCGAGAUCACGAUGUUGGACUCGUUACAAUUUUUAUUCAAAGUAGUCUUUAUUGGUUCAGUUGGUUUGAUAGCGCUUUCGAAUGCAACUGAAUUAAAGUCAAACGAAAGUGAAGCCAAAGAAUUUGCAAAGGAAUCAAGUGACUUAUUAAAAGAGUUCUACGAAGAUCCAACAGAUGAUUAUAUUUUGGGUGAAGCUUCACUGCUUGUGGAUAUUGCAAAUGGAGCUAAAAAAUUUGAUUUCAAAAAUUUCGAAGACAAGCAACUAAAAUAUGAAUUUGAAGAAAUUAUAAAAUUUGCUGAUGACAAGAUUAUGGGAGUGGAUUAUUAUGCUGAAAUGGUAGAAAGAAUAAUCGAUCUUAGAAAUUCCAAUACGGGAGGAUCAUAUUUUUUCACGGACGAUUUGGAUGUUCCCAAAGCAGUUGUUGAACUAGUAAUUGGAGAGUCUAUUAAUUUAAAGGAAAUUGAAUUUUAUUGGAAAGAAGUUAGAUUUACAAGCGGAAAAUGGGCAGCGGAAAAUCUGAACUUUGUACUGGAUGGAUUAAAAAACGCGGCUAAUACAUCAGAUGUGUCACCUUUGGACUUUUGGAUGCGCCACUACAAUCUCACACAAUUUGAAAAUUUAAUGAAGGAAAUUGAGCCCCUCUAUAGGGAACUACACGCUUUCAUUCGAAAUGGCAUACGAAAGAAGUACGGUGAUUCGAUUACCGAACCAGACGGAUUGAUACCUGCUCAUUUGUUCGAACAAGUUAUGAUUCAGGCUUGGUCAGACGGGAAUACUAUUUUAGAAGAAAUGUUUCCAUACAAUGAUCUUCCCCAAGCUAAAUACUUUCCCUAUGAAAAAUUCAAAACAAUGAAAUGGGCUGAUUCCUUUUAUCAGAAAUUAGGAUUCACGCCAUUUCCAAAUGAGGUCUGGGAAGCUGAUAUAAAGAAGAAGAAAGAAUAUCUUCUCUAUCAGUUCACAUGUAGAAAUGAUAUUUAUUACAAAACCGCCAAGGUCUAUCUUAAGUUUUGUGAAGAAAUGAGUUUUAGCCAAUUAAUUGAUUCAUAUUCGGAUAUGGGAAAACUCUAUUAUGCCAAAGAAAUGACUGGUCUACCGACUUAUUUCUUUUCUGCAUACAAUCUAGAGAAUGCCAUUGGAAAGGCAGCCAGUUUAUCAGCGUUUACAAUUCAUAAUUUAAAGGCCAUUGGAAUUAUUCAAGACGAAGAUGCAUUAUCGUCAUCAGUGGAAAUAAAUAGACUUUUGAGAAAAAGUAUCGAAAGUCUGCUAAGAAUUCCAAUCGAAUUUGUUCACAUUAAAAUGAUGGAACAUCUUUUGACAUCGGAAAAUGAAAAUGUCGAUCAUAAAGAACUCAACAAGAAAUAUUGGGAGUCAAUGGAGAAGUAUGUUGGUGUUAAGCGACCAACACCUAUAGAAGAAUCAGAUGAGUAUCUUGAUCUACCUCCUGAAUUUUACUAUGAUAUUCAUCAAAAUUUGGAAUCUAGAAAAUUCGACUCUGAAAUCCUGAGUUAUCAAAUCCAUAAGAAAUUAUGUGAGCUUAGUGGACAGUUUCCCAAGCAACCAUUGCAUCGUUGUGAUAUUUCUGGAUCGAAGGCUGCUGGUGAUGCUUUAAAGAGUAUGAUGCGUCUUGGUAAUUCUAAACCUUUAAAAGAAGUAAUGGCAACAAUGUUUCCUGAAAAUCCAACAACAAGAGCUGAAGGAAUCUUAGAGUAUUUUGGUCCUGUAAAAAAAUUGCUACUUGAAAAGAACAAAGAAGCAAAUGUGAAACCAGGCUGGAAGGAUUCCAAAGAAGAUUUACCUAAGCCUUAAUUGCAACAACGUCAAUGUUGAGAAUAAACUUAGGGUUUAACAUUAUAUUGUGUAAUAUA